AGGUCUUGAGGCUCUGCACGCCCUCACCCGAGACUCCACACCACACUGCGUCUCCACCUGCUGGACCACCACCUGCACCACGCCAACGCCACUUACACCAUGUUCAGGGUGGGUGGACCAGGUGACUUGUACCGCCUGCAGGUAGGGGGCUUUGACCCCACUAGCACAGCCGGGGACGCCCUUACUCCACACUCUGGGGCGAUCUUCUCCUCCCCAGAGCCUUUCUCAGGUGGUGGGUGUAGCAGAGAGCUGAGUGUGGGCUGGUGGUUCCUCGAGUACCCAGAGUGUUACGUGAGCCUCCCUACAGGUCAGUACCACCCACCUGGUGAGUACCUGGGUGAAGGUGGCGGCGUGGAGUGGCGGACCUGGGCUGGUACUUCCUAUUCUCUCCACACACUCCUCCUCAUGAUCCGUCGUGAUAUAAGAACAUGAGAAUAUAAUAAAAGUGCAGCACUGCCUUGGGCCUACUGGCCUAUACUAGGCAUAGACCACAUCUACUCAUGUACCUGUCUCUAACCUAUAUUUACAGCUUCCCAGUAUUCUCGCUAUGGUCACUAUUUGGGUGUUUCCCCACUUAUCCACCACUAUAUUGCUAAGACAAAGGCUUUCAUACUUUCUAAAUCUAAAUUGUCCAAUUUGAUUCCAUUGCUUCUAGUUAUUUAUACCCCUUUAUUAAAUCUGUGUUUCCAUUCAUAAACUUGAAUCACAUCCCCCCCUAAUUCUACUUCUUUUCAGAAUGAAUUAAUUCAUUGCCUUUAGCGUAUCAGCUCUAGGAAAGAAAGAUUUUUGAAAUAGGAAAAACUUUCAUCUUUUUCUUUAUGUUUUCCAGCGCAUUUAUGUCCACUGUGACAUGGAGACCAGAACUUGUAGUCUUAACAAAGAUAUAUAAAGCUGAAUUAAAACCU